AUGAGCCGAGAUGACCCUGAGAUCAUGGAGGUUAAGGAAGCAUUGGAAUCAGGUAUGGUUGCAAACAUACCGUUACCAUACAAAACCAUCGCUUCAGAGUUGGGAAUUGUCAACAACGUCCUUUUGCGGGGAGACCGGAUCGUGGUGCCAACGAGUCUUCGACAAAGAAUCCUGGAGCUAGCCCAUGAAGGACACCCAGGUGUGAGGAUUAUGAAGACCCAUCUCAGAGGAAAUGUAUGGUGGCCAAAAAUGGACAUGGACGUCGAGCGGUUUGUUAAAGCGUGUCGGGGAUGUGCCUUAGUGUCGGCACCAAGUGCACCAGAACCAAUGACAAGAAAAGAACCUCCAGCGAGAGUUUGGGAGCACAUUGCGGUGGAUUUUCUGGGCCCACUUCCAAAUGGAGAGAAUUUAUUGGUUUGCGUAGACUAUUACAGUAGAUAUUUGGAAAUAGUUGUAAUGCAAAAUAUAUCUACAUAUGAUAUGAUUGUGGAACUUCUAACCAUUUUUGCUCGAUACGGAGCCCCCGAAGUUCUUCGUGCUGACAAUGGCCCACAGUUUUCUUCAGACGAGUUUAAGUGUUUUUGUGACGAGUUUGAUAUUCGCCUGGAAAGCACCAUACCUUACUGA